CCCUCGUGACGUUGCGUCGUGCAUACAAUGGCGACUGCGUCAGCCUGAGCGGGGCUUAGUUUUCCAGUAAUUUCCUGACAUUGCCGCGGGAGCUGCAGUCGCCUCAAACCCGGUCGGCGGCAGCUGCGGCGGCGACGGCGCCGAGGCCCGGCGGGGCGAGCCAGCGUCAUUUCGGCCUCUCUGCACGCCUGGGCCCGGCCCCUGGCCUAGGUAGGAAACAUGAGCGGCAACAACUUGGAUGGGAACAACGAGUUUGACGAGCAGUUGCGAAUGCGAGAAUUGUACGGAGAUGGCAAGGACGGCGACAUUCAGAACAAUCACGACGGAGAAAUGGAUUCUUUCGGGCAGCAGCCUGCUGACACCCCCUACGAGUGGGACCUGGACAAGAAGGCUUGGUUCCCCAAGAUCACUGAGGAUUUCAUUGCUACAUAUCAGGCCAAUUAUGGCUUCUCUAACGAUGGCGCAUCUAGUUCUACUGCAAGCGUACAACAUGUUAAUACUAGGACUACAGAGGAACCCCCGCAGAGAAAAACCCCUGAACCAACUGAUCUCAGAAAGAAGGGAGAAAAAAGAAAGUCUGAAUCAGGAUGGUUUCAUGUUGAAGACAACAGAAACACAAAUGUAUAUGUGUCUGGUUUGCCUCCAGACAUUUCAGUGGAUGAAUUUAUACAGCUUAUGUCCAAGUUUGGCAUUAUUAUGAGAGAUCCUCAGACAGAAGAAUUUAAGGUCAAACUUUACAAAGAUAAUCAAGGAAAUCUUAAAGGAGAUGGGCUUUGCUGUUAUUUGAAGAAAGAAUCUGUGGAACUUGCGUUAAAACUCUUGGAUGAAGAUGAAAUUAGAGGCUACAAAUUACACGUCGAGGUGGCAAAGUUUCAACUGAAGGGGGAAUAUGAUGCCUCAAAGAAGAAGAAGAAGUGCAAAGACUAUAAGAAGAAGCUGUCUCUGCAGCAAAAGCAGCUGGAUUGGAGACCUGAGAGGAGAGCUGGACCCUCCCGGAUGCGCCACGAACGAGUUGUCAUCAUCAAAAAUAUGUUUCAUCCUAUGGAUUUUGAGGAUGAUCCGUUGGUGCUGAAUGAGAUCAGAGAAGACCUUCGAGUGGAGUGUUCAAAGUUUGGACAAAUUAGGAAGCUCCUUCUCUUUGAUAGGCACCCAGAUGGUGUGGCCUCUGUGUCCUUUCGGGAUCCAGAGGAAGCUGAUUAUUGUAUUCAAACUCUCGAUGGAAGAUGGUUUGGUGGCCGUCAAAUCACUGCUCAAGCAUGGGAUGGAACUACAGAUUACCAGGUGGAGGAGACCUCAAGAGAACGGGAGGAAAGGCUGAGAGGAUGGGAAGCUUUCCUCAAUGGUCCUGACAAUAACAGAGGCCUUCGGCGUUUGAAUUCCGUCUGUGCUUCAGAAAGGGCUGGGCCUUCUAGAGUAAGGCAUUUUUCAGAGCACCCUAGCACAUCCAAAAUGAAUGCUCAUGGAGCUGCAACUGGAAUGGCAUUUGAAGAACCUACAGUUGGGAAGAAGUUUGAAAAGACAGAAGAUGGGGGAGAAUUUGAAGAAAAUGCUUCUGAAAAAGCUGCUAAAGAAGAUGGCCCUGAAAAAGAGGCUGAAGAGGGCCGCCCCAGAAGAGAGUCUGAAGGAGGCUGCACCAAGAGAGAGCGUGAAGGCUACCCCAAAAAAGAGAAUGAAGAGGGUAGUCUUAAAAAGGAGCCAAAAGAGAAUAGCCCCAAAAGAGAACCUAAGAAGCUCAACAGUCAUUAUGAAGAGAAUGGCCUUGGAGAAGAAUCUGAAGAUGACCCUAACGAGGAGUCUGACGAGGAAGGUGGCCCCAAAAAAGAGUCUGAAGAGGAUGACUCAGAGAGAGAGUCUGAUGAAGACUGCUCUGAAAAACAGUCUGAAGAUGGCUUCGAAAAAGAAUUUGAAGAAAAUGGUCUCGAGAAAGAUUUUGAUGAGGAUGGCUUUGAAAAGGAGUUGCGUGAAGAUGUUCUUGACAAAGAGUUAGAAGAAAAUGAUUCUGAAAACUCCGAAUUGGAAGAUGAUACCUCUGAAAAAGUGUUAGAUGAGGAAGGCUCUGAGAGAGAGUUUGACGAAGAUUCGGAUGAGAAGGAAGAAGAUGCCUAUGAAAAAGUAUUUGAUGAUGAGUCCGAUGAAAAAGAGGGUGAAGAAGAUGCCGAUGAAAAAGGGCUUGAAGACGCUGAUGAAAAGGAGGAAUAUGAUGAAGAUGAAAAGCUGUUUGAAGAGUCAGAUGACAAGGAAUAUGAAGAAGAUGCAGAUGGAAAGGAGGAUAAUGCAGAUGAAAAGUUGUUCGAAGAUGAUGAUUCCAACGAGAAGUUGUUUGAUGAUGAUGAAGAUUCUGAUGAGAGAGGGACUUUGGGUAUUUUGGGGAGUGUUAAGGAAGACGAGCCCCUGUCCACAGGCAGCAGCUUUGACCUCAGUAGUGAUGAUGAUAUUUAAUCCUUUAAACUUGCUUUUUAGGGAGAGUCCUCCAUCUACAUUUGCCUGUGCUUCAGGGUAAUUACUAGUAGUGUUACACAAACAUACGCAUAGUGAUAGGAUGCUAUCAGAUUAAUGCAUCGAAGUUUUUUCAUUGUUACCUGUACCUAAUGGUUUUAAAUAUAUGUUAAUUGGCUGUUCAGUUAAAAUGUCAUAGUUAUAAUGCAAGUAAACUGGAUAUUUGUCUUUUUGUCAGAUUUGUUAAGUGCAUGCAGAAUAUUUUUCAAGGUAUUCUGAUUGAAGUUUGUGAUAUUCAACAAUAAAAAGUGGAUAAUAUGCAGAAA